AUGGGCGAGAAGAUGUGUCCAAUGGUUGAGCAGCCGUCCAUGGCUGAGGAGAGCAUGCUGGCGAUUGCAAGAACUAUUGAAGCAGUUGCCGCCGCUGAUGCCUCCCCUGCAGCAACAGCAGUAGCAGCUGCCGCUACGUUGGGCCUGCCGCUCUCAAUGGUGCCGCCACUGUUGCCACUAGUCCUGGCGGAGUUUCGCCGGCUUGUUAAGGAGGCCAUGGGCGAGAAGAUGUGUUCAAUGGUUGAGGAGCCGUCCAUGGCUGAGGAGAGCAUGCUGGGCGCUCACUGUGUAGCGAUUGGGAAUGGUAGAACAGCGAUUGUAAGAGCUAUUGAAGUAGUUGCCACCGCUGAUGCCACCCAUGCAGCAGCAGCAGCAGCAGCUGCCGCCGCCGCCGGGCCUACCACUCUUAAUGGUGCUGCCACUGCUACUGCUAGUCCUAGCGGAGCGAUUGGGAAUGGUAGAACAGCGAUUGUAAGGGCUGUUGAAGUAGUUGGUGCCGUUGAUGCCACCCCUGCAGCAGCUGCCGCCGCCGCCGGGCCUGCCACUCUCAACGGUGCCGCCAUUGCUGCCGCUGGUCCUGGCGGAGGUUCGCCGCGAUUGCAAGAGGUUUUGAAGCAGUUGCAGCCGCUGAUGCCACCUCUGCAGAAGCAGCAGCAGCUACUGCCGCCGCCUCCUCCGUCGCCGGCCCUGCCGCUCUCAACGGUGCCGCCACUGUUGCCGCUGGUCCUGGCCGAGGUUCGCCGGCUUGUUAAGGAGGCCAUGGGCGAGAAGAUGUGUCCAAUGGUUGAGAAGCCGUUCAUGGCUGAGGAGAGCAUGCUGGGUGGGGACGCACGAUUGCCACCACUGCCACAACCACCACGACCGUCGCCACCGUCGUCAACAGAACCACCAUGA